AUGGUGACACACCCGCCCUUUGAUCUAGUAUUUCCAACAGCUUUUUACUAUUAUUUCAGAGGAAGAAUAGAGCCUUGUAUACACAUCAUGACCGACCAUAUCGACUCGAAACUCAUGGCCUCAUCACCAUUAAACAAGCCCAGCGGCUCAAGCACGGCCAAUUUUCGCAUUGAAGAGAUCCGCGGGUAUUUGUUUAAAAAGACACGCGAAGGCAGAUGGCAGAAGCGCUGGUUUGAGACAAAUGGUUGUUUUCUUACCUAUUAUAAGAAACAAGGUCAGAAGCUACUCGCAGCGUUAAAUUUGCCACAAGUGGGCGCUAUUAUGCUGCUAGAGGAAGAUCACGUUGAUGGUCCUGGCCUUUUUACAAUUGAAUUGAAUGAGCGCGUGUAUACAAUCAAAGCACGCUCCCAUGAUGAAGCCACGUUCUGGGUGGAUGCAUUGCUGUGGCGUCAAGCAGGUGGCUUAGUGACGCAAAAAUCUCCGAACAUGAGCAAGCAAAAAUUCAAUGAUCAAUUUGAUAGUGUCCCGAGCUUAGCAGCUUCUCCCACGAUGAGAUCCGUGCAUGUGGAUACAGUUAAUCAGCAUGACGUGAUAAGUGCAAACGUGGAUAAUAUCGGCAAGGAUGGAGCUCCGUGUGCGGCUUGUUGUAUUAUUCAAUAA